AUGGAGGAAGAGCCCAACAGGCUGCCGGCACACCUGCGUUUGCAGCCGGUAUACUGGAGCAGAGAGGAUGUGGCCCAGUGGUUGCGAUGGGCAGAGAAAGAGUUCGCCCUGAGGCCUAUCACCAGCAGCUCCUUCCAGAUGAACGGCAAAGCUCUGCUGCUGCUCACCAAAGAAGACUUCCGCUACAGAUCGCCACACUCUGGUGAUGUCCUUUAUGAACUUCUGCAGCACAUUUUGAAGCAGAGGAAGCCCCAUGCGUUCUUCCCUUCAGCCUACUACCCGGGGAGCUCCUUCCACCUGCAGCCGGACAGUGUUGCAGUCCCCCACAUGAAGCUGGAGGAGACGGUACGAAGGACAUCCAGAGGCCCUGAGCCCAUUACCCAGCACACGCCGACCAUCGAGCUGCGACACCGAUCGCGCUCUCCCCACCAGCCUGCCCCCAGACAGUCUUCCCCGGAGCAGAUUCCCCGCAUCACCAGUGAGGACCACAUGCAGUCCUACUCCCAGCUACCGGAUAGCAACCACCACCUUCUCGAAGACCAAUAUCCACUAUCCGUAUCUCCCGCCGCCCCCAACGGUCGCUGUCCCACCCCUAAAGAGGCUUCCUGCCCUGGGAGCCCGGGCCCUCAGGAGGCUGGUCCUCCACGGGUCAUCCAGCUCAUGCCCAGUGCUAUCAUGAACCCUCUACUGCUCAGCCCCAAUAGAGUGGGGAUGGACUUCAGACAUGGGCGUGCGGGACCCCCCUCUCAGGUCAAAAUGGAGAAUGGCCGGGACAGUAAGGUCCACGGGAUGCUCCACUCACUUGCCUCGCAGCAGCAACCGCACCUUAUAAAACAGGAGGAUGUACUGUACAGAAACAUCAUCAUGCCUGUGUCCCCUCCAGAAGAGCAGCAGAUGCCCAUAGGACGGAUAGCAGACUGUAGACUACUUUGGGACUAUGUCUACCAGCUGUUGUCCGACAGUCGGUACGAGAACUACAUCCGCUGGGAGGAUCCUGAGAGCAAAGUCUUCCGUAUCAUGGACCCCAACGGCCUGGCCAGGCUCUGGGGAAAUCACAAAAACAGGACCAACAUGACGUACGAAAAGAUGUCUAGAGCACUGAGACACUACUACAAACUCAACAUUAUCAGGAAAGAGCCCGGACAGAGACUUCUGUUUAGGUUUAUGAAGACUCCAGAUGAGAUUAUGAAUGGCCAGGCUGAGCGCUUGGAGCAUCUCGAGUCCGACAUGGAUGAAAGUGUUUACAUCAAAGAGGAGUGUGAAACAAAUGUUGGACAUAACAUGAACUAA